CAGACGGCAACGGCUAAGAAAGAAGAAAGACGUGGCAGCAGGCGGGAGUCGGAACUAGUGUCAUCGGUUCGGUAAAGUUUCUGUUCUCUGAUUUGGGGAUAUUCCCUGCCCAAAAAAUUCCUGGAAAAUUGACUAGUAUUAAGUGUGAGUAAAAGGUGUCCACUUUUUUAAGUUUUCAUUUUAGUUUUGUCUAGUAUUUGGGAAGAUUUAGCCUAGAAAUUAUGUAGUAUUCAUUACACGAGAAUCAAACUUGCUUUGGUACUGCGCUGGCUUCAAAACUUUAGAAAACUUGUUUCUGUGUAUCAAAAUACUUUUUUUUUUCUUUUUUAAAAUUCUUGAAUGGUAAAUGUACCAUUGUGAAAUGAAAUUUCAGCUCCAAAUGUUUACCAUUUUAUUAACUGGGGUAUGUGGAUAAUUAGUCUUUAGCUGUCACCAUCAAUAAUAAAGAAUUUGAUGUAGGUUGUAUAAGCACCAGUGUUAAUGCCGUGCCAGUGAUGCUGUUGAUUUAAAAGAAGGAAAAAAAAAAAAGUAGAAGCUUUCUGUGUUCUGACAGUACCAGUUCAGAAUGGCUGUAAUGCUGCUCUGCCUUCUACAGCUUGCCACACCACUCUGUAGUUACUCUGUAACUGUACAUUUCUAUCUGUUUUGGUUGAACACUCCCUGAUAAUGAUGAUGUUAUACAUAGGUCCAUAUUAUACACAGUGAAAUAUGGGUAAGGGAUUUCCCUUCAUGCUAUUUUGUGGGCUGGGCAAAUUGUAAUGUCAACUUUACAGUUCCCUGGUAUUUUAGUAAUGAACCCAAAUUUAAAGACUUACACUGUAUUUUAAAGGGGAAACUUACUCAGAUGUUUUACUUCUACACAUUUGUGUGUAUGUGUGUGUGUGCGUGCGUGUGUAUAAGCCAGUUACUAUAUAUGUAUAUUAUAUACAUAAAACACUAUAUUUUUGCAUACAAGUAUGCUUUUAUUAUACACAUAAUAAAGAUGGGGGAAGGUUUCUGUUUUCUUCUUAAUAGGUGAAGAAAUCUCGAAGACCAGAAAUUGGAUCUUAUUGAAUUUUGUUUUUUUGUGUGGUUUUUUUUUGUUGUUGUUGUUUUUUGCUUUUUGUUUUUAAAUUGUUCGACUAUGGAAGAUGGAUUUUUUUUUUUUUUUAAUGAUUCUCUGAAUCUCAAGUUCAUCUUUAAAUGAACUUUUUUGGUUUUUGUUUUUGAGGAGAUAACUAAUGGUAGCUGUCUCCAGUCUGACAAAGGUUAUUCAAAUGGACUUAAUCUUCCAGUAGUUGGGAGAUGUUUUAAAAACACAUCCUGUGUUUCAAUUGUGGCUGAGAGGUUUCCUUGGCAAUGUGAGGAAGAAAAUUUUUUCUGCCUCAUUAUUAUUAAUUCAUGGAUUGAGUGUUGGUUCGACCUACAGGCGUAAUAGAUUGGAACUCAGUGAAGACACAGACGUUCCUGUUGAGAACAACCAGCUAAUGAUUGCAUUUUAAAGACGAUUUCUGUGCUUGAGUUGUCAUUUGGAAGAUUGGAAGAUUAAGCCCAUUUCAAGAGGACUUGGAAGUGGUCCUCAUCUCAGAAGCAGUGGCUUAUUUCAGAAAGCCACCUCUGAUCUGAGAAUUCACUCAGCAUGUCUAAUCAAGGAGAAGACUGCUAUUUUUUUUUCUAUUCUACAUGUACCAAAGGCGAUAGUUGCCCAUUCCGUCACUGUGAAGCUGCACUAGGAAAUGAAACUGUUUGCACAUUAUGGCAAGAAGGACGCUGUUUUCGACAGGUGUGCAGAUUUCGGCACAUGGAGAUUGAUAAAAAACGCAGUGAAAUUCCAUGUUACUGGGAAAAUCAGCCAAUGGGAUGUCAAAAACUAAAUUGUGCUUUCCAUCAUAAUCGAGGACGCUAUGUUGAUGGCCUGUUCCUACCUCCAAGUAAAACUGUGUUGCCCACUGUGCUUGAGUCACAAGAGGAAGAAGUGAAGGCUGGCCCGCUCACGGCUCAGCAAAACAAGCUGUCUGUUCAGUCGAACCCGUCUCCUCAGCUGCGGGGCGUCAUGAAGGUGGAGAGCUCAGAGAGCGUGCCCAGCCCCACACACCCACCUGUGGUGAUCAAUGCAGCGGAUGACGAUGAGGACGAUGACGACCAGUUUUCUGAGGAGGGUGAUGAAACAAAAACCCCCACUCUACAACCAUCUCCCGAAGUGCACAAUGCAUUACGAGUGGCUCCUGUGCGGAAACCUGGAGUCAGUUUAAAGCAAGGUGAAAGUUUAAAUUUUGGAAUAAAAACUCUGGAGGAAAUUAAAUCAAAGAAAAUGAAGGAAAAAUCCAAGAAGCAAGGUGAAGGUUCUUCAAGUGUUUCCAGUCUGCUACUCCAACCUCAGCCGAUUCCAGGUCCUGAAAAAGAGAAUGUUCGAACUGUGGUGAGGACAGUGACUCUGUCAAACAAACAAGGAGAAGAACCCUUGGUUAGACUGAGUCUUACUGAGAGACUAGGGAAACGAAAACUUUCAGAAGGUGGUGAUAGUGAUCCCCCAUUAAAGCGGAGUCUGGCACAGAGGCUGGGGAAGAAAAUUGAAGCUCCAGAAACCAAUACUGAUAAAACAACAAAGAAAGUUCAAGUUUCCAAGUCUCUGAAGGAGCGAUUAGGCGUAUCAGCUGGGUCAAAUAGUGAGGAGACAACAGAGAGAGUUAAUAAAAUUGGUGACAUCCAUGUGAAGACAUUAGAAGAAAUUCUUCUUGAAAGAGCCAGUCAAAAACGUGGCGAAUUGCAAACAAAACUCAAGACAGAAGGACCUGCAAAGCCUGAUGAUUGUACACCAGGAACAAAAAGCUCCUCCAGUGUCCGAAUCAAAACCUUCUCUGAGGUCCUAGCUGAAAAAAAACAUCGGCAGCAGGAGACAGAGAGACAAAAAAGCAAAAAGGAUGCAACUUGCAUCAAACUAAAGACUGACAGUGAAAUUAAGAAAACAGUGAUUUUGCCACCCAUCACUGUCAGCAAAGGACAAUCAGAGGAGCCUGCAGGUAGAACAAAGUCUAUGCAGGAGGUGCACAUUAAGACUCUGGAAGAAAUUAAACUGGAGAAGGCACUGAGGGUACAGCAGAGCUGUGAGGGCAGCACUGGUUCCCAGACGCCUACUGAGGUCAGUCCGGGGACAAGGCGAAUGCUCCGAAUCACCAAAAAAACAGGUGUGAAAGAAGAGAAAAAGCUUCAGGAAGGAAAUGAAGUGGCUUCUCAGAGCAGUGCUACUGGAACAGAGGCCAGUGAGGCUUCUGAAGAGACUGUAGGAGUUGAUUCCACAACAACUCCAGUCAAGAGAUGUGAGACCAUAAGAGAGAAUCAUACACAGAAACAGCAAGAAAGGGGAACCUCAGAGAAGGAAAAAUCAGUCUUGACACCUUUGUGGGGAGAUGCAGCCUCUUGCAAUACCCAUGUGGUAGAGAAACCUGUGCUCACUGCUGUGUCAGGUAUCACACGACACCUUAGCAAGCGGCUUUCUACAAAGUUAUGCCAGAAGAUAGAGGUAGAAACUUCAGGGAUUGGGGACUCAAUACUGAAUGUGAAGUGUGCAGCACAGUCCUUGGAAAAAAAGGGUAAAGCUAAACCCAAAGUAAAUGUGAAGCCAUCUGUAGUGAAAGUUGUUUCAUCUCCCAAACUGGCUCAAAAGCGCAAGGCUGUGGAGAUGCAUCCUACUGUUGCAGCAGUGAAGCCACUCAGCUCUAGCAGUGCCCUGCAGGAAAUCCCAGCCAAAAAAGCAGCUGUGACUGUUGUCCCAAUGACCUCUGAGGCUGAAUCAGUCACUGUGCCUGAGACAGAAACACCUAGAGACAGUCUUGUGCUGUCUCCAACCCAGUCUUCUUCAGACCCCACACCCCUAGAAGUAUCUGGCCCUUCUUCAUCCCAGCCAGCCACAAAAACACGUCGCCUCAGCUCUGCCUCAACAGGAAAGCCCCCGCUCUCUGUGGAGGAUGACUUUGAGAAGCUCAUAUGGGAGAUUUCAGGAGGCAAAUUAGAAGCUGAGAUUGACCUGGAUCCUGGGAAAGAUGAAGAUGACCUUCUGCUUGAACUCUCAGAAAUGAUUGAUAGCUAAAGGUGAUAGUGAGAAAACUUAAAAAAACAGAACUCACCAAAAAGAUACUCAUUUCAUCUAUUCUAACAUGUACCUGAGAUGAUUAUUUCUUUAUUUUUGAAUUUGCCCCAGAUCAGAAGUAUACCUCUGAGUUACUCUUUGUGUUCUGGAUUCCUUGGGGUUAGAUUUUUCAAGUCCCUUGCUAACCAUUUUAUGCCAUUGUUAAGCAUCUUUGAGCAAAAAGUUCUGUAAUACCCUUCUCUACACAAACCCAAAAAAAAAAAAAAAAAAAAAAAAAAAAAAAAAAAAAAAAAAAAAAAAAAAAAAAGAAAGAAAAGGAAAAGAGAAAAAGACUGAGAAGGAGCUCUGAGUUGAAAGGGUGUCAGAACUUAGUGAUUCCUUGAGGUGUUUGUCGUGUUUGUUUUCCCGCUUGUUGUAUCCUUUCUUUUAUGUAUUGUCUUAAUGUACUUAAUAUUACCAUAUCACCUGUGUUUGAAAUGGAUAAAGACAGCUGCUACCAUUGUGGACCAAAUUCCAUGCUACCACUAAACAAAGACCUCACCCAGUCUGUGUUAAAUUAUAUGUCUUUUUAAUGGUAUUUGGAUUUUUCAACUAAGCUUUAAAGAGACAUGAAUAGCUCAAGAAAACUGAAAUAUGAAUAUAAUUCUUUGGACCUGAUUUUCAUGCUUAAGCUACGCUGUAAGCCUCUGAAGAGCAAUAGCUAAUUUAUUAUUACUGUAAUUUUUAGAAAGGCUUUAAAGUGCCUCAGGGGUCCCUGGUUUUCUACUUCUGGGCUCCCCUGGAUUAGAAGAAUUAUUUUUUAGUAUGAAAGUUGUCCCUUCUCUUCUUUAUACAUUUCCCACUGGCAUUGAAUUAUCGCAUAGAUAUAAAGUGGCCAGUUUUUAAAUUUCCCAGCAGAUUAUUCUUGCCCAGUAUUUAUUUGGUGCCCUUUAACCAUCUGAACAAAAAGGAGAAAG